GAUAUUUCGUUGAAGCAUAAAACACACGUACGUAUUUAAUGCCAAUAAGUCACACACCACCCAAGGCGACAAAUGGCUGCCUCUGUCUCUCUCUCGGUCUCCGCAAAUAGCUGUGCACAUGAAGAUGCAAGAUGCCAACCCAGCAAGACAUCCUAAUUGCCACCAUCCUUUAGCUUUUAACGCUCCACAUCACUCUCGUUUUUCUCCAUCUACAUAAACGCCUUUAAUUACUGCUCUUUUUGGUCAUUGCGUGCGUAUAAGUAUGCACAGCAUGGGUUUAGUGGAGAAUAAUGACAAUUACUUGUCGGACGUGAAUCUGCGUGAUAACACUAACGAGCCGCCGCCGACAACGCCGCUGAAAGAUGCCAGCACCGACGCGGAGCCCAGUACGGCUAAACCCAAACGUCCCAAUCAUCGUCGCCACGAAAAACCGCCCUACUCCUACAUCGCCCUGAUCGUCAUGGCUAUCCAUAAUAAUCCCCAGCGAAAGGUCACGUUGAACGAGAUCUACCAGUUCCUGCAGCAGAACUGGGCGUUCUUCCGCGGUCCGUACCAGGGUUGGAAGAAUUCCGUCCGGCAUAAUUUGUCGCUGAACGAGUGUUUUAUUAAAUUGCCCAAGGGGUUGGGGCGUCCCGGCAAAGGUCACUACUGGACGAUGGAUCCGGCCAGUGAGUUUAUGUUUGAGGAGGGAUCGUUCCGGCGGCGGCCGCGCGGGUUCCGGCGUAAAUGCCAGAAUCAGGAGGCACUCAAAACACAGUGCUCCACGAUGUUAUCCUCGAUGGCCAUAAACAGCGCCCCAUUACCCGCCGCCCAGCCCAAAGCCCCCGGCCCCGGCUGCGCCUACCCGGACUCCCUUUUCGGCCCCGCCCCCUCCAGCCGGCCCAGCGUCAACAGCAGCGCCAGCGCCACCCCGGCGCAGCUGCAGCGUGCCGCCGCAUUUGGCGCCCAUAUGGCGUCCGGUGGGAGCAGUCACCACCAUGCCGCGGCGGAGGCCGGAUAUCUCUCGGCCUGGGGAUCACUGGCAGCGCAGCACCAUGCCCCCAACAGCAACUACACGUUCGCCUCGGGCGGUUACCCGUACAGUUUCUCGCAGAGCGACCUGUACGGCCCCUCCUGCACGGCCCCGCCCCACCACGCCUACACGGCCUUCCCGGCCGCCUCGGGCUGCAGUCCCUACAGCCAACCGGCCAACUGCGCCUGGACCAACUUCAACACGAUGGACACCACCGGCAGCGAGAUGAACAAACUCAGCUACACGUCCACCGGCACGUGCUCCAGCGGCCAGUACGACAUUAUGUCACAGUGCGCCGCGGUGGCCGGCUUCCCCAGUGUCGCGCCGGGACACCUGCACGACACCAAACUGGGACUGUAGCAUUCUUUCAAUGUACCAUAUAUUCGUCGAUGUAUCAUUCAAUUACACACUUGUACAAAUGAACGAACCGAUGACUGUGUAAUUAUUUGUACGGCUCUGACUAA